AGACACGACGAUCGCUUCGAGAAACGUGACACUCGUGACAGUAGUUUUGCAACGUUUACGCGAUCCCGAAUCAAAGUUUUAAAGCUAAUUGAUAGAAGUUGCACGUCGAGCGUACAUAUUGUCUCUGUUUAAAGAACAAAAGAUUCAUCUCUACGAUAGCAAAGGGCGCGGGUAUCACUGCGCUGCACGUUGUGGAAGGAAGCAGAAAUCGAGUAACUAGCAGGAAGUGGGUAGAAGGGGGGUACGUCGUUGAGCUAGUUGAUUUGGUGGUGGCUACAUGUGGCUGUCCGCCGGUCACGACACGGAGACAUUUCCUAACUGGGCAUAAAAAUUACAUUUUCCAAGGAUAAUCGAUCGCCGAAAGAAGCUGAAAUCAUGCAGAUGGACCCAACGACGGUGCAACUGAUCCAGGUCCUCGAAAGGACCGUGUCGUCAGAUAAAAAUGAGCUGGAGGCAGCUCAGAAUUUUUUGGAACAGGCAGCACAAACUAAUUUUCAUGAGUUCUUGCAAAGACUCAGCGGCGUGCUGGUUACUGCCGCUGCAAGCUCAGUUGCCCGUAUGGCAGCAGGUCUUCAGCUCAAGAAUCAACUUACAUCCAAAGAUGUCCAAUUGAAAUAUCAAUAUCAACAACGCUGGCUUCAAAUUCCUGUAGAAACUAGGGAAUUUAUUAAGAAAAAUAUUUUUGGAGCACUUGGAACAGAAAACAAUAGGCCAAGUUCUGCAGCACAGUGUGUUGCAUAUGUUGCUGUUACUGAAUUACCUGUUGGCGAAUGGACCAACAUCAUUCAGUUGCUAGUCAACAAUGUUGUUAACCCAAACAGUACUGAAAUAAUGAAAGAGGCGACGCUAGAAGCCAUUGGUUACAUUUGUCAAGAUAUAGAAAGCGACGUUUUGGUACCUCAGUCUAAUCACAUUCUCACUGCUAUUAUUCAUGGCAUGAAAGGAUCUAGUACUUCGCAUCACGUUCGGCUUGCUGCUACUAGUGCACUCUACAACUCCUUAGAAUUUACCAAAGGAAAUUUCGAAAUAGAGUCAGAGAGAAACUUCAUCAUGGAGGUGGUGUGCGAAGCAACGCAAUCUGUAAAUACGCAAGUUAAAGUAGCUGCUUUACAGUGUCUUGUGAAAAUUAUGUCCUUGUACUAUCAGUAUAUGGAGCCGUAUAUGGCUCCAGCGCUAUUUCCUAUUACUUUAGAAGCCAUGAAAUCAGAUAUCGACGAAGUUGCACUUCAAGGAAUUGAGUUCUGGUCGAACGUAUCGGAAGAGGAAGUCGAUCUAUCGAUGGAGGAAGGUGAAGCUUCCGACGGUGGUCGACCACCGGUUAAAGUAUCGAGGCAUUACGCAAAGGGAGCUUUGCAAUUUUUGGUACCUGUUCUAAUGAAAAAACUUACAAAACAAGAAGAAUUCGAUAACGAAGACGAUUGGAAUCCUUCGAAAGCCGCAGGGGUGUGUUUAAUGUUAUUGUCUUCUUGUUGCGAGGAGGCCAUUUUCCCAUACGUUCUUCCUUUCGUCAAGGACAAUAUCAAAAGUCCCGACUGGAGGUUUCGAGAUGCUGCCUUGAUGGCUUUUGGUUCGAUUCUCGGAGGAUUAGAUCCUGGCUCCGUUAAGCCGUUAAUAGAGCAAGCUAUGCCAACGUUGAUAGAAUUAAUGUACGAUACCAGCGUCGCGGUAAGGGACACGGCUGCUUGGACGUUCGGUCGUAUUUGCGAGAUCAUACCGGAAGCGGCGAUCAACGACACGUACUUGAAGCCAUUAUUAGAAGCCUUGAUAAACGGUUUGAAGGCAGAGCCUCGCGUCGCGGCGAACGUUUGUUGGGCGUUUACAGGGCUCGCGGAAGCCAGCUACGAGUCCGCACAGACAGACGAGGAUGGACAACAGCCUGAUACCUAUUGUAUGUCUCCGUACUUCGAUUUCAUUAUCCAGAGAUUGUUGGAAACGACGGAUCGCGCGGACGGAAGUCAGGCCAACUUGCGAUCAGCCGCGUACGAGGCUUUAAUGGAGAUGGUCAAGAAUUCUCCGCGAGAUUGUUACGUGACGGUGCAAAAAACUACGAUGGUGAUCCUAGAGAGGUUGCAGCACGUACAGCAAAUGGAAACACACAUCCAAACUCACACGGAUCGUGCUCAAUACAACGACCUUCAAUCGUUGCUGUGCGCCACCUUGCAAUCCGUACUGCGUAAAGUUACACCGGAAGAUGCGCCACAGAUUUCCGACGUGAUCAUGACCGCGCUCUUGUCCAUGUUCAAUUCGAACUCCUGCAAAGAGGGUGUACAGGAGGACGCGCUCAUGGCUGUUUCGACCUUGGUCGAAGUGCUGGGAGAAGGUUUCCUGAAGUACAUGGACGCGUUCAAACCGUACCUCUGUUUGGGCUUGAAAAAUCACGCUGAAUACCAGGUUUGUUGCGCCGCCGUGGGUCUGACCGGCGACAUUUGCCGCGUCUUGAGGAACAAGAUGCUGCCUUACUGCGACGAGAUCAUGACCCUGUUACUGGAGAACCUUAGUAACAACACGGUUCAUCGUUCGGUGAAGCCUCAGAUUUUCUCCGUUUUCGGCGAUGUCGCUCUAAGCAUAGGUCCUGAAUUCAAGAAGUAUCUGGACGUUGUGCUGCAGACAUUGGCACAAGCCUCCCAGGCUAACGUCGAUAGGACUGACUACGACAUGAUCGAUUAUCUGAACGAAUUACGCGAGGGUGUUUUGGAGGCUUACACCGGUAUCGUGCAAGGAUUACGCGGCGACAUGUCGAAUGCUUGCCCGGAUGCUGCGAUCGCUCUCGUAGAGCCCCACGUGCCCUUUAUCAUUCAAUUCAUCACGUCGAUAGCACAGGAUCGGGAACAUUCUGAAGGCAACAUAUCGGCCUCGGUAGGCUUGCUCGGCGACUUGGUUACCGUAUUCGGGGCAAAAUUGUUGCCAAUGGUAGAGACUGAACCGCUCACCGACUUGCUAACCAAGGCCAGACGAUCGCGCACUCAAAAGACUAAAAGUUUGGCCAACUGGGCAACCAAAGAGAUUCGAAAGCUCAAGAGUGCUGCCAACUCAACGUCCAGUUGAUCACCCCACGGUUGUACUGUCGUGCAAUUUGAUUUGACUAGAAAGCUAUCGAACACAAUGCAAAGACAACAAGAUUGGAUGGUGCGGAUGCGAGUUGAUGGAUGUGCGUGAGUUCCAAAAGCGAUGACGAUGAUGAUGGGGUGAUGAGUCUGCACGUGUCCCUGCUCUGGCGACGGUAUUCGAGUACCGACACGUCGAGCGCAGCCCAAUUGGUCGAGACUCAAACAAAAAACAAAAACAGAAUACAAAAAAAAAAAAAAACAAAAAAUAAAUAAAAGAACAAACGAAAGAAUACCUGUCUGCCGGAUGUCUGCCGACAACUGAUGGUGAGGAGUGCAAGUGGAUUGUUGCCGAUGAAUGAGCCAAGGCCGAAGCCUGCCUGCCGAGAUGAUGUUCCGGUGAUGCAAGUAUGCCUGAUAACGAGCCUGGGGCUUCUACCCGCGUGAUUGAGAAGUUGAACCUGAGGAAAGGACGACUUCGAUGGACAAUGAUCGUGGCCAGUGAGAAAGAAUACGAGAGAAAGGGAGACAGAUGAAUGAGAAAGAAGAUUAAAAUGUGAUAGAGAAAUUAAGUGAGAGAAAGAAAGAGAGAGUGAGAGAGAAAGAGAGACUGUACAAUUAAUAGUGUAUGAGAGUAAUUGAUCGAGAGAAUGAAAUUUUUUCCUAUACGUAUGCGUGUGAUAGUCGUAUAUAUUAUUAAAUAAAACGCCAUCGAACGAACGAUUGUGCAUCGUCUCGCAGAAAGUACAUUUAUUACGCGUACUCGUUGUAAAGCUCGAGCUUUUUUUUUUUUUCUCCAAACUGUAGCUUAUCAACGAAGCGUGUACUAUCAUUUCGAUUCCUCGCUGAAACGAUCAUCAUCCGCUCGAUAGAUGAGAAUCGAAGCGUCAUCGUGUCGUAUGUUUGCUGGCGUGAUUCACAGUUAACGAGCGAAAUAAAUGAUCGUGAAAAUAUGAUGAUUGCUAUCCGAUGCAGCGAAAUGUUGCGUGAUUGCGUCUAGACUAACAGAAAGCGAGGGAGUGAAAGAGAAAAGAGGAACGUGAUGAACGUUGAAUGAUUGUAAAGAAGAAAGGAGAAGAUUUAAUAAACGAAACUAAAAGGUCGGAAAGAUUCGAAAUACUGGUGACCCCCUGGUCCCCGAUCAUGCUGCGCGAGAAUCCAAACGAUCAGUUGUAGUAUGAUGAUGCGUAUGUUAUUUUUUUUUCCCCCCGUAUGUGAAUGUCUGUUGCUGUUGAAUAAUUCAUUAAAAUUAAUAUUUUGCUGGCAUAAGUUAUUGAGUUGUACCGAAGUCCUCGUCCGGCCUGAACGUUCGUGAAGAUACACACAAGAGCGUGAAACGAAAAAAAGAAAAACAAAAAAUCGAAUGUCUAGCCCCACCCCCCUAAAAUAUAAUCUACCCAAUUUGUUGAUCGUAGUCCUGCGUUAGAUACAAGAAUAAUUUUGUACACGAUCAUCGGUCUCGUUGGAAAAAUUACGUAGCGAUCUUCGAGGAAGCCCAUAUAUCAGACGAGAGCUUUUUCGCACUGCCAAUUAUAUCAUGGGACAAUGUUUGCCCCGGACACUUUCUAAUCUCUCGUUCCUUCCUUUCGAAUUUCAAGAACCUCGAGAGAUAUCGAUAACAAGCUCGAGGUUGCAUACUGUCGAAGAAGUCGUCUUCCUGGCCUAUCUGGCUUUAUCGUAGAAGGGCAUUCGUCGAAGAUCGAAUAAAUUAUGCGAAUUAUUUCAUUCGUAUUUUAUUCAGGUACUCAGAGUACUAUGAUCGUGUAAAUCGUGACCCUAGUUAAAAGAAAGGUACUUGGUGUACCUAUACACCGGUUAACAAAAAUGGCUUCCCUUGAGGAGAUCCUUUAUCCUCGCACUUAGGUCAUUAUUAGUUAAGGCAACAGUCAUUUAGUAAGUUUGUAAAUUCGUAUGUUAGAUAGUGCUUUAAGUGGAAGGAUAGGAUGUUCCUAAUGGGGGAGAGCCAUCGAUGCCAGGUAGUUUACUUUUGGGGACGCUUCAAGUACCUUGACUUUUAAGGAUUAGGGUAACUUAGGAUACUUUUUCGCUUUCGUACACUGUCCCGUUAGACUUCUGUUGAAUCCUGAAACGAGCGUACACGGAGAAUAAGGGACGUCGUUGAACCCAGUCGAAGGGUUAAUGAGGGAGAAAUUAAUUUAGUUUUGUCCUCUGCUCAUAGUAUUCCGGCCUCGCGGAUGAGAUUCCUAUUAGAUUGUUGUUCUUAGUAAGAUUUCACGGGAAAGAUUAAACGGACGGAUGGUCGGUCGGUCGGUCGCCUCUAAUAAUAUAAUACGAAGUUACGUCACGUUACCGAAAACGUGGCCGUGGUUAGUGCCAUUGCAUUCCAAAUACUUUUGCCAGCGGAAAGCACUAUAUUAACGUGUUAGACCACCGUUCUUUCGCGCGAUUGUCGGAACUGUACAUUUUAAAGCGUUUUCAUUAAUAAUCUUACUUACACACUUUUCUCGAGUACGCCUCGUUUUUACGCGAAACUUUUACGUACGGACACGACAUAUAAAGAGAUGUUACGUGGAAAAUUAACACCCGGCUGAUGAUGGCGGUGGUGGGUGAUGAGUGGAUGGUUCCUUCGACGGGGACCAUCCUGGAACAAAAAUGAGACAAACGUGUUUCGAUGAAAUCAAAAUGAUAAAUUUAAAUAAAAAAGCGAGGAACAACAUUGGCGUAAUACAAAGAAGAGACACAUACGAUAUAAAAAAAAAAAAAAUGGAUAAAAAUAGGGAAUUGAUGAGGGACGAUUAAACUAAGAGACUUUUUAUUAAAUUGAUUAUCUUUUUUACGAUUUUACAUAUCGAAGGAUAACCGAUGUGUCAGCUCCACGUCUGGAUACAAAUAAAUAUAUAUAUACGUAUAUAAUUUUUUUACUGUUGCGAACGAUAUUGCCAAACUUAGCGUAUAAGGAAGAAAAGUUUAUCUAGCUUUUAAAAAAAAAAAAAAA